AUUCAUGAGUUCUCGGUACAGGAAACGGUGCGCUUGGAUAAAGAACAGCCAAACGGUCCUGUCGCGCACACCACAGCCAGACUUCUACUGUGUGCAGACUUCCCAGUAGUGGGUCUGAAUCAUCUACCAUGGCGUCUUGUGAGGAGAAGAAAGAGCCGCCGCCUCCGACUUACAGCGAGAAGCCGCCCGGCGGAGUCUUCCCGGAGGAGAUCGAGAAAAUCAAACUGCAGCAAGAGGCCCGAGCAGUCAACCCGAGACGGAGGAAGAUUGUGAUCGGUGUGAUCUGUGUGCUGGGGGUGCUGCUUGUGUUGGGCCUCGUCAAACUGGGCAUCCAUCUCUCUAGGGACCCAGUCGUCAAGCGAAACCUGCGGUUCCGCGACGGAAACCAGCUGUACUGGGAGACCGUCGAGACCGACGAAGACGAGGGUACCGACACGUUCUACACCGAUAGCGCCAGCGGGGCGGCGGCGGUCAUGUUCGACCACAACAAGGACCUGAAGGCGUACAAGUUUUCCGGGCGGGACAUCUGCUACAUCGUGCCCGAAGACGAGGGAGAAGACGAGAAGGCGAAAGAAGCUGCGAAGGAACUGGAAAGCAAAGAGGAGGGGUCCACCCAAGCCUCCAAGAACGGGGGCCGCAGGAAGAUGGCCCUGGACGAGUCCCGUACGGAGACCCCGGAGCUGAGUGAGGCGAUGGGGCUCUUCUGCGGCGACCUGGAGCCCCGCUGGGCCAACAUCGAGCUGCCCGCAGACAGCAGCGAGGAGGAGACAAGUGACGGCAUCGUGCUCAUCGCUCCAGCUUCGCCAGGUGACGCCUCUGCCGAGCCGAAGAGCCGCGCGAGGCGUGGUUGGCUGUGGGGACGCCGCCGCAGCAACAGGCGCUGGCACGUGUCAGGUCACUGCUGCUGGGGAGUAAGCAUCACCUGGAGGUUCUAAAGUCAGUAAAGCAAAACCGAGUAGAAACAACAGUUUCUAUCACAACCAACGCUUUGAGAGAACUACGAGUAGUUUGCUUCGAAGUUAUAGUGCAAAUUAAAAUCCAUAUUGUAACUGA